CUCCCUGAGCUAAAAUGCUCUCCUAGAAGAACCAAAUCCUCAUAACUGUCUUGCUCGUUUUCGCUGUAGCCAUUCUCGUCACAACUCGGUCUAAUGUGGAUUACAGUCAGCUUUUUUCCAAUUGUAUUCAUUUACUUGUUUUACUCAGCUGAUGUUGCGGCACAUUUCAUUUACUUCAACGACAGAUUUAAAGAUACAUGUGUUUAAGAUGAAGGAACUGUUUUGGAUAGCAUGUCUGCUCGGGACGUUGCUUUAUAUUAAGGGCGUUUCAUCCGGCCAUGUUGCGUAUUCCAUUUCCGAGGAGGUGAGCCCAGGGACAGUUGUCGGAAAUUUAGCCAAAGACUUGAGUCUUAAUGUUGCUGAUUUGGAGUCGCGUCGGCUUCACAUCGUAUCUGGAUCGUCAAAGAAACAUUUCGAUGUGGAUGUAAAAACCGGGGCUCUUUUCGUGUUGGAGGCGAUAGACAGAGAGCAGCUCUGCCCAAACAGCAACACUUGUACAGAAUCUCUGGAAGCGAUUGUUAAUAAUCCUUUACAGAUGCACAGCGUGGAGGUAAAAAUACUUGACAUUAACGACCACUCGCCGUUUUUUCAGGGGAAAACACAGACUGUUCGUAUUGCAGAACUAGCGGUCCCAGGAGCUAAAUUUCCCCUGCUUGGUGCGGAAGAUCCAGACAUUGCAAGCAACUCGAUCAGUUCAUACAAACUGUCUAACAAUGUGUUUUUCAGCUUGGAGGUACACACAGAUGCCGACCAAGGUCCUUCAGCUGAAUUGGUGCUGAUGAAAAAUCUAGACAGAGAAAAACAAUCCGUCAUCCGACUUGUGCUGACUGCAGUUGACGGGGGCAAACCACCACGAUCUGGUACAACAGAAAUUAUUGUAAUUAUUUUAGAUGCUAAUGAUAACGCUCCUGUGUUUUCUAAAACUGUCUACAAAGUUUUAGUUCAAGAAAAUGUAAUUGUCGGCACGUCAAUUUUAAAGCUUAAUGCUACCGAUCUCGACGAAGGAGUUAAUAGUGAGCUUUCAUACUCCUUUAAACAAGGUCAAAAAGGAAUAUCUGAUAAAUUCGCUAUUGAUUCGAGCACAGGGGAAAUUUCCGUAGUAGGAACAUUGGAUUACGAGACCACAAACGCGUACGAAAUUCGUGUUGAAGCCCGAGAUGGAGGGGCUACACCACUAGCAUCUCAUUCUAAAGUCCUAGUGGAAGUAGUGGACGUGAACGAUAACGCGCCGGAUAUUAAGCUCUCAUCUCUUUUAGACAACGUGAGAGAAGACGCCAAGAAAGGCACAGUGAUUGCAUUAAUCACAGUUCAAGACAAGGAUGGAGGUAAAAAUGGAAAAGUGCGCUGUUUCGUAUCUCAGAAUUCUCCAUUUGUAUUAGAGUCCACACAGGGGAAAUAUUAUUCCCUGGUCCUGAAUGGCGCGCUUGAUAGAGAAGAAAACGCCCUGUAUAACGUCUCAAUAACAGCCACAGAUGAAGGAGACCCUCCUCUCUCUAGCACCGCUGUCCUGACUGUCCAUAUUUCGGAUGUGAAUGAUAACGCACCUCGUUUCCCUGAAUCUUCUGUGAGUGUUUAUGUUAAAGAGAACAGUCCAGCAGGUGCUUUAAUAGCAAGUGUCUCUGCACAAGAUAUGGACUUUGGCGAAAAUGCUCAAAUAACGUAUUCAUUACUUAGCAACUCUAACAUGCCUUUAUCCUCAGCUGUCAGCAUCAACUCUGCCAGUGGAGAAAUUUACAGCAUGCAGUCUUUCAACUUUGAGGAGAUGAAAACUUUCCAGUUUCAUGCUCAAGCCACUGACUCUGGUGUUCCUCCACUAAGUAGUAACGUGUCUGUGAAUGUUUUUAUCUUGGAUGAGAAUGACAACAGUCCAGUUUUUCUCCCUCCUUAUUCUGAACCCGGAUCAGUAAACACUGAGAACAUUCCCUACUCUGCAGAAGCGGGGUAUUUUGUGGCUAAAGUCAGAGCUGUAGAUGCUGAUUCAGGUUAUAAUGCUCUAUUAUCAUAUUAUAUAACUGAAUCAAAAGGAACGAAUCUCUUCCGAAUCGGAACCAGCACAGGAGAAAUAAGGACUAAAAGACGAAUGAGUGACAACGACUUAAAAACUCACCCGCUUAUCAUUACUGUCUCGGAUAACGGAGAACCUUCACUGUCCACAACUAUGAGCAUUGAAGUUGUGGUUGUGGAAAAUAUGGACAGCCUGCAGCCUUCACUAAGACAAGUACCAAUAAAGGAGGAGAAUUUUUCUAAUCUGAAUCUCUAUCUGCUCAUCGCUAUUGUCUCAGUGUCCGUGAUAUUUUUACUGAGCCUCAUCGCUUUAAUAGCAGCGAAAUGCUACGGGACAGACGGCGGUUUCAGCAGGUCCAGCGCUCCAGUGGUCACUGCACACCCUGACGGGAGCUGGUCUUACUCGAAAUCUACUCAGCAGUAUGAUGUGUGUUUUAGUUCAGACACACUGAAGAGUGACGUAGUGGUUUUCCCCUCGCCAUUUCCGCCUGCAGACGCAGAGCUGAUCAGCAUUAAUGAAGGAGACACUUUUAACAGGACACAAACUCUUCCCAGUACUACAAAGAUGAUGUUUACUUCGCGAUGCGGAACUUGUGCACACUUCUAAGAGAUCAACAACUAAUAUGAAAACUUACAAUUGAGUAAGAUAAGGGGACGUAUUGGCAGCUAUUCUUAGGACUUCAUUUGUUUUAAAGCAAACUAAAUAGUUCUCACUUGGUAUAUUUUCUUUAUAUUAUGCAAUAUAGCAGUUGUUUGGUGGAUUUCAAGAGUUUUUCAGGACCAUUUUCUGGACAGCGACAGUCAACGCAGUUAGAGAAUUUAACGUGAUUACAUCCUUCCUUCCUUUUUUGCCUUACUUUUUCCUUACUUAUUACACCAUAAACACUUUAACACAAACUUGGGGAAUUAGCAUUUAUAAUCUCAUUUCAUAACCCUUUUCUUCAAAAAUCCACAAUACACAUUUUUGCCGUUCGGAAUUUUUUAAUGAGCCUUUUCCUCCCUGCAAAUAUAAAACAAACCAUUUGCUUUCCCAACACACUUGACAGAUUGGACGUUAGGUUAUUCAUUUGAUAGUUGUGUUGCUGAGUUAUUACAGCAUGCUGAUCAUUUUGGUAAUGGUUCAUUUUCUAUGACUUUGCGAAAGUUAAAUAUUUUCAAAAACUUGCUUUUUUAUGAGCAAAAUACAUGGCUGAUACAAUCUAUAAAAAU